GUAUACCAAGCAUUGUCAGUAGUUAAAGAGUAUUACUUUCUUUUCGAAUUUUUUAUUUGAUCAUUGUUGUGCUAAAGAUUGCAAAUAUAUUAUAUAUAUUUACAUUAUAGAUAAAUGAAUAGAAAUCAAAUAUAUGUAAAUAUAUGAUUAAGAUGUAUGAUGAUAUUUGAUUAACCUCAUUAUUUAUUUUCAUUUAUAACCAAACACAAAUAUUUGGAUUUUAUUUGUUUUCUUCUUGUCUUGCUUUUAAAAAAGAUAAUUUAAUUUUGUAAAUUCUAAGGAAUAAAAUGAAUAUUGUUUGUGUUAUAUGCAGUGAUUUAUUAGUACCAUCAGAUGAUGUAUUUUAUACACUAUGCGGUCACAUUUUUCACUUUAUGUGUUUAGUAAAGUGGUUAGAAAGGUCAAAGACAUGUCCACAGUGUCGAGAGAAAACUGAUAAAUCUAAGAUACAUAGAAUAUAUUUUAAUUUUUCUAACAAUGACACCAUCGCUGAAGAUUCAUCUUACUUACAAGAAAAAGUUGACAAACUUACGUUUCAAAUUGUACUCAAGGAUAAAGAUCUCAAACAUUAUAAAGAGCAAAGUGAAACGUGGAAGCAACACAAUUCUGAAUUGCGAAACGAAGUUAGAAGAGCUGAAAGUGAAGUACGUGAAAAAGAAACUGCUAUUUAUGCGCUGAAAGAGCAAAUAAAGUAUUUUAGACAACAAUGCUCAGAAGCAGAUGCUUUUAAACAGGAAGCUACUAGAUUGAAAAAGAAAAUUACGGAUAUGAGAAACAUACAACUUUUAAUGGAUGCUCCUGUCGAAGAUGUUGAUGAUAUGGUUUCAAGAACAAAAGAUCCUAGUACUCUUAUUACAUAUAUAUCUAUAAUGAAAAGGGAAAUGGCUAAGUGUGUGAGUAAACGGAGAGACCUGAGAACUAAAUUGCAAGAUACACAACAGGAACUCACUAAAACUUCUAUGGAACGUAAUUUUUUAUUGGAAGAACGAGAUAAGCGGAAAAUAUUGGAAGCAGAGUUAAUGGUCUGCGAAGCUGAAAAAAUUUCAUUACAAAAUAAACUUCAAGAUCUUGAAAAUAAUGGAAGUACUGAAGCAUGUGUAUCACGUACGAUGAAAACAGAACAUAAUCAUCAAGAUUCUAGUAAAACGUCUAAAGAAGAAGUUAAAGAUACUAAUCAAACGGAUAACAAAAAUGAUACGAAGAGCACUCAUAAAAGAAAAACAAAUAUCUCGAAGGAGGAUACUAAAAUAAGUUCUCCUGAUAUUCCUCUCAAAUCACAAGGCAUUUUAGCUCUAAAGGAACGGUACGCAGCACGAAAAACUACAAAACCAACAUUUUCUAUCUUAAAAAAAAAACCAAGAUUAUCUCAUAAUUCUGCUGAAUCUUCAAAAAGUGGUCCAAUCACAUAUGAUGGUUUUGGUGGUCACUCGAAGUAUGAUAAAUUUCCUAGUCCUAGUGCAAGUUCUAAAGUGCAGAAAAUGAAAGAUUAUUUGUCUAAGCCAAAGGAAGACAAUCAAAAAUUUACUGAUUUACAGAUUUAAUUCUAAUUCAUGAUACUGUAGUUAUUUCAAUAUUCUAUUUUUUACAAUUAGGUUUAAUAAUAAUUUAAACAUGUAUAUGUGUAGUUACCUUUUUUAUUUUUUUGCAUAUGCUAGAUAGAUUUUACGUGAUUAUAUCGGAUGAAGAAUUUAAAAAUAAUGGAAAGUUAAUAAAAAACAUCAUUGUAAAUUAAGGUGCCGAUAUUGAAAUAACUUAUAAUAUUAUAUAUUUUUGAUGUAAUUAUUUAUUAUUAUUAAACGUAAUCUUAUUACAUAUAUAUAUAAUAAUAAAUAUAACGUGUAUAAUGAUUCAUUAAAAAAGAAUUAAUUUUCAAGAAAAAA